GAUCGCGUUUCCCGCCCUCGUCUUCGAUCCGGCGCGGACGUCGCGCGGCGAGGGGAGCCGGCCGAUGGUCCACGUUGCGACGAGUCUCCUCGGGCGAGAGUCGGACGCGCGGGCCCGGUCCGGGGACGAAUUUCCUGCGCGAGAGCGAGGGAGAGAGACGGACGAUUCGGCACGCGCGCGCGUCCUAACCUACAACGUUCUCGCCGACUGGCGCGUCACGUUGCCGCGCGAGGUUAACCUGAGCCCGCUCGCCGCGGACCACCCGCACCACGUGUCCUCGCGUCGCGGCAGAUCCGCCGCGGGGCGACACGAUGAACGUGAUCGGCAAGCUGGGUCACUUGGCGAGAGCGUCGCGAGGUUACAGGAGUUUGCACGUUACGCACGUGAAAAAUGGGUACGAGGCUCCCGGUAAGACCACCGUGACGUUCAUCAGCAAGGAGAUCGGCAAACGGCUGUUGGUGUCGCGCUGCGACGAGCUUGGCUUCACGUUCAACACCGGCACGAGGGUGAUAGGGCCAAUGGUGCUCUUCCCCAGACACGCUAUCUGCUGGAACAUCGAGUCCGGCGCACACAUAACCGACGCGUCGCUCUCGCUGUUCCGCGUCCUCGAGCCGAAGCCCGAUCUCCUCAUCAUCGGACUGGACCGUCAAUACGAUUUCGCCUACAUCAGAAGUCUGCGGGAGCGCGUGCAGAAGCUCGGCAUCACCACGGAAAUAAUUUCCGUGUACAACGCGUGCACGGCGUUCAAUUUCGUCAACGAGGACGGCAGAUACGUCGUGGCGGCAUUGGUACCGAUGCACAGGCCUAAACCACCGCCGAAACUAACGCCGGGUGAAAAUGUGGAACAAAUAACCAGUUAGUGAUAGUGCUGCGGGUAGCAAGACGGGUGAUGCGACACUCGAGGCGCGGCAAAAUGGUAGAAUGUAUACAUGUAUGUACAUAUACGUGACAAUUUAAAAAGACUGUAUCGUACAAUAAAAUUAAUUUCCAAGUCGUA